AUGCGUUUCAGCUUGUGGGCAACAGUCUUUCUGGGCAGUGAUAUCGUAUCGUCAACCCUCGUCUCUAUUGCUCGUGAAACCUACCUUCCCUAUUUCCCUUCUGUUGGCCUUGAGAGCGUCGCAAAUUCAUAUCUGUACCUCAAUUGGGCCGUUGUCAACGGCUCCCUGUUCGCGAACGAUGACUGUGUCUUCCCCCCAUUGAGGCCAAUGCGGCUACAUGCGCCUCGACGGGACGACCCAGCAAAUAUACCCUCUAAGGAAGAUAUUGUCGAGCUCUCUUAUGCCCUAGAAGCCCAGCCACUACCGGAUAAAAAUGGCUCAGUUCCGACAUUCAUUAGAAGCCAAUUCAGACACAAGAUGAGGGACGUUCCCAUUCUGACCGGCCGUGGAGCAUGGAUCUCUGGUCACCAAUCAUCCAUGGUUGUCAUCGGGACCGCAUUUUCAUGCGAUUAA